CAGAGGAGAUUCGUCCAUUUGCAACACACACGAUUUAUCAUCGAGAUCCAUCACUUGGCACAAUAUAGAAUACAAAAAUGCUCCCGUCCAUUAGCAUUUCAACCAUUCUUUUGGCAUACCCUUUCUAUGAAGUCUGUUUGGCACGUCCACAGUUGGAAAUUGAUCCCAGCCUACUGCUGAUCAGUCUUGGGUCCGUUGAAGGCAAAACCUUCUUCUACCACGAUAGCUCAAUGGCAUGGGCUGCUGCCAAGGUGUAUUGUCAAGAUUUUGGGAUGCGUCUAGGAAGAAUUUCUUCGCAGGCGCAGAUGACUUUUCUUGUUGGGAAGAAUAACAUUACUGGAUUUGGAGGGCUAUAUCACUGGACGGCUGGAAGGGAUGCAAUGACCAUGAAUCAAUUUCUUUGGGAUGACCAGUUGGGUCCAGUUAGUAGUUAUGGGCAAUCUGUCUCGUUUAGUACACCACUAACAUGUCUUGCGUGGGUAACGAGACCCUCGUCAGGGGCUUGGUUAAGCAGUAGUUGCAGGGCGUCUGCCCAUGUGCUAUGUGAGACUUUCUAACGUUUCUUCUAAUAUUAUGAAAUACACUGUGUCCCAAAAGUAUCUGCGCAUCACUCGCGCGCGCGGUUAUCUAUGAAUAAAUAAAUAUGUACACAUGUAAAUCUUCAACA